CCACGGGAAAGUCAGUUUACGGCCCUCAACGCCUCCAGGCCGCGCCGUGCGGAGCCUGCUGCGGCGGGAACGCGGAAAAGCAGAGGCAGGAGGCUCCUUGCUUCGCUCUCCCUUCGCCGCAGGGCUGCCGCCCCCUGAGGGGAGGAGGCGGUACGGCGCUGGCCGGCGACCCUGUGGCGGCGGGGGUGGCGGCACAGGGCCGGCCGGGCCUGCCUUCCCCCUCCGCCCCUACACGGGUCACAUGAGAGGGGCGGGCGGCUCGGCCGAGGCGGCGGCGCCUGCUGCCGGGGCUGAGGCAGGGGUGGGCGGAGAGGGACUGGGCAGAGGAGCUCAGAGGCACAGCGUGACGGAGGUGGAGGAGAAGGGGCCGCGAGGCGCGGAGCGCCGCGAAAGAGGUGCCGAGUGAGUGGAGCGAGUCCAGGGCCUCUCUCAGCCGCGGCCGUCGCGGAGCGUCCUGCUUGCGGCCCCAACAUGGACGAAGAGGGCGGCGGAGGUGGCGGCGUGCCUGAUGACCUCUCCAUAGAAGAAAGAGAAGAGCUUCUAAAUAUUCGUCGCAGAAAAAAAGAACUGAUUGAUGAUAUUGAGAGAUUAAAAUUUGAAAUUGCUGAAGUUAUGACAGAAAUUGAUAAUCUGACGAGUGUAGAAGAAAGCAAAACUACACAAAGAAAUAAGCAAAUAGCCAUGGGAAGGAAGAAAUUCAACAUGGACCCUAAGAAGGGAAUACAGUUUCUGAUAGAAAAUGACCUCCUGCAGAACACAGCAGAAGACAUUGCACAGUUCCUUUAUAAAGGAGAAGGAUUAAAUAAAACAGUAAUUGGAGAUUACCUCGGUGAAAGAGAUGAAUUUAACAUUAAAGUUCUUCAGGCUUUUGUUGAACUCCAUGAGUUCGCUGAUCUUAAUCUUGUACAAGCUUUAAGGCAGUUUCUGUGGAGCUUCAGACUCCCAGGAGAGGCUCAAAAAAUUGAUCGUAUGAUGGAAGCUUUUGCUUCGCGCUAUUGCCUUUGUAACCCAGGAGUCUUCCAGUCUACAGACACAUGCUACGUGCUUUCCUUUGCCAUCAUUAUGUUAAACACCAGCCUGCACAACCACAACGUAAGAGAUAAACCAACAGUAGAGAGAUUCAUUUCCAUGAAUCGUGGAAUUAAUGAAGGUGGAGACCUUCCAGAAGAGUUACUACGGAAUUUAUAUGAAAGUAUUAAGAAUGAGCCAUUUAAAAUUCCAGAGGAUGAUGGGAACGAUCUCACGCAUACAUUUUUCAACCCAGAUAGAGAAGGUUGGCUGCUGAAAUUAGGGGGACGAGUGAAAACGUGGAAGCGGCGGUGGUUUAUCCUGACCGAUAACUGCCUGUAUUACUUCGAAUACACAACAGACAAAGAACCUAGAGGAAUUAUUCCAUUAGAAAAUCUUAGCAUAAGAGAAGUUGAAGAUCCCAGGAAACCAAACUGCUUUGAACUCUAUAACCCCAGUCAUAAAGGUCAAGUGAUUAAAGCAUGUAAAACUGAAGCCGAUGGUAGAGUGGUGGAAGGCAACCAUGUAGUGUAUAGAAUAUCUGCUCCCACCCCGGAGGAGAAGGAAGAGUGGAUUAAAUCCAUCAAAGCAAGCAUCAGCAGGGAUCCCUUUUACGACAUGCUGGCAACAAGGAAACGAAGAAUUGCAAAUAAGAAAUAGAAGGUGAUCAGCAACUUGCAUACCUGCCUCAACCUAGACAUGAGCAUUUGAGUGAUAGGGUAAAAGUUGGGACAAACUGAAUGAAGACAAUAACUGUAAUUUUAUAUAUAUAUAUAUACACACACACACUUUGAUUAAAAAAAACUGGGCAAAACCUUUCAGGGUAUGUAAGUAUUGAUGUAUAAUUUGAAGUGAGCAUCAAAUGCCAGAGAUGAUUUUAUUGGAACUUAAUUACACUGAAAACAUGGAAGCCUUGUUUUUACUUACAUCAGUUACAACUCCAGUUCACUUAGGCUGGGAGGGGAGGAAUUUGAGGCUAAUAGUAAAAUGCCCUGUGCCUGUUAAUUUGAGUGCAUUUCCCACAAAAGGAGGAGUGAUUUAUAAAACCUCCACCUCUCACUAAAAUGCAGCACCAGAAGUGGAGCACAGUGUGAUCUAGCACUUAAUUUUUCUGUAGGCAGAAAAGCCACCAUCUCAGUGGCACAGAAAAGCCACCACCUCAGUGUCAGCUUUCAAGUCUCUUUCGCAGUACACAAACAGCUGAAUGUGGCUUUUAGAUUGGAUUUGUUCUCCUACCUUUAUGGAAAUAGCUUUUUAUUCUUCUUCAGAAAAGCAAUUCAGUUGCAGUAGAGUGGCAGCUGCAUAGUUAAAUAGUAGUACCAAAGAGUUUGGUUGAUAUGUGUUUAAAUAUAUUUUGAGAUGGCAGCAGCAAAGGUUUGAGUCUGUGACAUGCUGCUUUGAGUACAGACGUGGUUUGAGGUGUGCCAGUAAGCUAAAACUGAUUGCUGCCUACUCCUACACUCAGAAUAAGCAGUAAGAGUGAACAAAUGGAAUGGUUUAACCUGCUUUUUAUGUAGUAACAUCCUUCUUAAGCUUCAGAUACGUUGCAUUUUAAUUAACACUAAGUUACUAACAGGAGUGAGAAGACAGGGCUUGCAUGAGUUUAGGCUUUGCAUGUGAAAACACCUCUAAAUAUUGACAGAUGCAUUUGAUCUUUCUAGAGGGAAAACCCAGGAAGGUGGAACUGUUCUGUGAGAUGCAGCCCUAGAUGAUGAAGCAAGCAGUGUUUGUUGCUUUGCUUGGUAGCAAACAUUGGACAUUCAGUAUUCCUAGUCAGUGUUUUAUUGCAUUCUUCAAAGGCAGUUUUUCAGAUCAGUUGAGAAAUGAACAGACAUCUCUGCUUUUACUUAAAAGCUCAGAUCUUGCACAUCAGUUACUCGGUGCAACUAAACUCACCCACAAGAGCAUGUCUCUGCUUUGGGUUCUUUUGCAGCAAGCAAGCUGUUUGUGCAGGUUUUCCCUACACUGCUUUUCUACUGCUAACACACAGACCAUUCAGAAGGUAAAGGCCCUGAUUCCACAGUGGGGACAAAAAAACAUCUGUUUGGGCCCUGCUGCUUCUGGUAGUACCCAGUUUUUCAUGACCUGGUUGAAUCUGAGCCAUGCCAGCUGUGCCACUGAAGACCCAGUUGGAGACCCCAUAUUUUGUCCAAGCAGUUUUGCUUGCUGGAGUCAGAGAAGCAUCUCUGGAGGUGCAAACCCACAAACUUAGUGAGUUGGUCUGUUUCAAAUCUCCCUGUAACUGUAAGGGAGAGCCUCUUUUAUUGUUCCUGUCUUGCUCAUUUGCCUUGUUUUGCAUGGAGUGUCAGCCUGCCAAUGUUUUGAUUUGUUGCAUGUUUGCAAAAAAAGGCUGAGAGGAAGAGAAAAGAAGUAAACUUUUUUUACACCUUAGAUUUUCACCAGAGUCUGCUUGGCUGAAUGUCCAAAUCCAAGUACUUUCAAGGGAGUAAAACUCAACUGAAGGAAGUGGAGUCCUUGACGAAGUGUCAGCAUAGGGACAUCUUUGCUUAGUGGAACACAUUUAAACUCUAUAGAAACAAAUGUAAAUGGUUAUGUCCUGUGUUGGCAAAGCAGCAGGAUCACAGAGCUGCUAACAUCACUUGCUUUGAGGCUUCUGUUCCACAACUUCAAGUGUUGUUUGCAGAUGAUGCCUACAUCAGGUUUAGCUUUGGACGAGCUGUAACGCAAAUAGGGAUAAGCCAGAACCAGUGGUACUAAAGAGGUUAAAGGAGAAGAGCAAAUCAGGUGUGUCUGGAGAAACAGAUUACUAAAGCAUCCAUAAGCCAUGAAGCACUUUUGUAUUGAAUGUUCUGAAAGGUCACCUUCAAGAAAGUCUUAUUUAUUUAACCAGGUGAGGGUGUAAGCAUGAAGGAAAUGCCUUGAGAGAGUUCAUUUGCUGUAUUGAGUGUGAAGUUCUUGUAUCCAGCUGGCAUAACGAUUUAGAGUAACUUGUAACUAAGGAUAUGAUAGCAGGAAAUAGAUUACUUCUUAGCAUUAAAAUGCAACAUCUUAAACAGCAUUUUGUGGUGCUCAAUCUAUCUAAUUUACCAAAGCUAAUGGAGUAGCAUUCUCGUGUGUGAUAAUAUUUGAUUUCAGACGUGCUUUGUAACAGUAUUAGCAGGGAGUGAAACCGGCCCAAAAUUUCCACUGGCCACGAGGCCAGUAAAACAAAGUGGCUUGUGAAAAUUUUGGCCAGAUCAGGUACUAUCCAUGAGGGUGAAGAAAAAUCUCUCAGCCUUUCCCUUUUUCAUUGGACUUUGAGUCCAGGGGUGGCUUACCUAAGACCAGCUGCUCGGUGGCCUAAAGCAGUAUCUGUUAAGGUUUGGCUAUGCUGAGAAAAAGUCCUCUGAGGACGAAAGGCUUUUCCCUUCCUGUUGCACUGAAGCUUGCUCAGUUCUUUGUCCUUUACAACUGCAGGGGCCAGCAGGAGCUGCUGCUGCCAAGCACAUGGCUUCACUCAGCAUCUUAAAUCACUGGUCCCCAAGAGCAGCCCAUGUUACCAGUGCCAGCUGGGCAGAGAACUGCAGGUAAAGCUUAAGCUCAGCUGGACUGACUUAAAUUUUACAAUGUUCUAACAAAAAUAAGCUCUGCAUCAGUUAACAUUUUGAACCAUUUUAAACUGGUACAAAACUGAACCUUUGUAAACUGAGCAGCAUUUAUAAUGCUCCAUAUAUAAAACCAAUGCAUAUUUUUAAGAUGUAUUACAUAUCUCUGUAGAUAUUGCUUGCUGGAAAAGCUGGGUCUGUUGUAGCCACCUGCUACAAACUCAGAUUUGUGGCUUCCCAGUUUUCAUUACUCUAUUUUCUUGGAAAAUGUUUCUAGCUAGAGUUUAAAUAUAAAAUGUAAAUACUGUACAGCUCUGUAUGGAUAGAAGUUUUCCUUGAUGUACACAAGUGAUUUGCAUGACAAAUAUUGUACCAAUCGUUGUUAAAAAUGUGAUGUUCUGUGUAAAUCCACUGCAAUAUUCAUGUUUUCAUUUAUUGGUAAGACCUGUUGCUUAAAGGUGGAGUUGUUUUGGGUUUUUUUUUCCCCCCAAAUAAAGUGUGAAACUCUUA